CUGAAUGGGUCUCGGUUGGCAGUGAGAGGGCCGCGCACGCGGGAGACUUGGAUGCAGACUUGGAAACCCGACGAAGGCUGCGAAGUCAUCAGCGACUAUGGAGGUGUAGGCUAGAGAGACCAGAGCGAAGGCGCGUCUCCUCGUUGCAUCUCUAAGGGCUUCCAUGAUUGGCUGCACUGUCUCUGACCACUGGUGGGCGUUGAUGAUGGAGACUAUGACCUUUGAGGAUAUAGCUGUUAUCUUCACUUUGGAAGAGUGGACUUUGCUGGAUCCUUCUCAGAUGAAAAUCUACAGAGAUGAUAAUGGAGGAAACUUUCAGGAAUUUGGUCUCUAUAGAACAAACACAGGAAUGCCAGAAUAUUGAAGAUAACCACAAAAUUUCCUGGAGACUAAGGACUGUCUAACUUUUGAGGAUGUGGCUGUGAACUUCACCUUGGAGGAAUGGGAUUUGUUGAAUCCUUCCCAGAAGCAACUCUACACAGAUGUGAUGCAGGAAACCUUCAAAAACCUUGUUGCUAUAGGACAAACUGAGGAAGGCCAGAGGAUUGAAGAUGAUGAGCAUAUUAGGAAAAACCUAAGAAAUGAAGUGGUGGAAUUAUUGUAUGAACCCAGUGAAGGGAGACAAUGUGAAGAAAUCUUCAGCCAAUUUCCAGUUACUGUUGUGAACAAGAAAAUCCCUCAUGGAGUAAAACUGUGUGAAAGUAAUUUAUGUGAAGACAUACUUAUUGGUCUCCCACCCCUAAAUAUGAAUAACCCCAUUCAAACAGGACAUAAACCAUAUGAAUAUGAAAUAUAUGAAGACAGAGACAGUCUUUAUAAAUUUAGGGAAUCUAGGAAAUCCUUUAUGUAUCCUGAAUGCUUUCUAAAGCAUGAAUAUAAUCACACCAUAGACAAACCAUAUAAAUGUCAGCAAUGUGGAAAAGCCUUUUCUUCUUCCAGUAAGGUUCGGAGACAUGAAAGAACUCAUACUGGUGAGAAACCCUACAUUUGUAACCAUUGUGGGAAAGCCUUCCCUAGUCGUGGUUCCCUUCGACGCCAUGACAGGAUUCACAGUGGAGAGAAACCCUUUGUUUGUAAGUAUUGUGGGAAAGCUUUCACUGGUCAAAGUUCACUUCCACGCCAUGAAAGAAUUCACAGUGGAGAGAAACCCUAUGUAUGCAAGUACUGUGGGAAGUGUUUCAUUUCUUCAAGUACCUGUCGAGUACAUGAACGGACUCACACUGGAGAGAAACUCUAUGUUUGUAACUUGUGUAAUAAAGCUGUCACUACUCGUACUUCCCUUCGAAAUCAUGAAAGAAUUCACAGUGGUGAGAAACCCUAUGUCUGUGAACAGUGUGGGAAAGGUUUCAUCUCUUCUGGUACCUUUCGAAUACAUGAGCGAAUUCACACUGGAGAGAAGCCCUAUAAGUGUAAGGAAUGUGGUAAAGCCUUCACUAUACAGAGUUCUCUUCAACGACAUGAAAGGAUUCACACUAGGGAAAAACCCUAUGACUGUAAGGAAUGUGGGAAAGCUUUUAGUGGUUACAGUUCCCUUCGACGCCAUGAAAGGAUUCACAGUGGAGAAAGACCCUAUGCAUGCAAGCAGUGUGGGAAAGCCUUUCCUGCUUUGGGGGAUUGUCAAAGACAUGAGCAAAUUCAUACUGGUGAGAAGCCCUACAUAUGUAAGCAGUGUGGGAAAGCAUUCACUCGUUGUGGUUCCCUUAGAAUACAUGAAAAGACCCAUACUAGAGAGAAUUCUUAAGCAUAGAAUGUUAAAAGGCCUCGUUAUUGCAUAUCCCUUCUAUAAAUAACAUGACAGUGUUUAUGGAAGAAAACAAGACAAUGAAGUUGUGAGGGCUGCCAUUAGUCAUAUUAUUAGAUUAACAAACAUAAAAGAACAAACUAAGAAUGCACCCAAUAUCAAAACUUGUACAGAAACAUCAGAAAGUUGAUUGUAAGAAAUAGUUUUAAAAUUCUGAAAAUUCUUCAGGUAGUGGAGUACUACAACUGUGCAUUAUGAAAGGUUCAAUGCUCCAAAAAUUACAUAUCCUAGAAGGAAUAUUCUAAAAAUUAUAUUACACUCAUUAGUUUAUUAUUAAAAUGGAUAUAUGAACUAUUUAUUUCUAAGUUUAACUCUUGUAAGUAAAUGGUGACAUGGCAUAAUUCUCUGAAGUUUGCUUAAGCAAUGGGGCAAGGGUUAAUAGGUACUUUUUUUUUUUUAACCAUUUUUCCUAUUAGUCUGAAGAAUUUUGGUUGAUUGAAUAGUGGAAUGGCCUUUUGCGAUGUAGCUAUAGCACGAGUGAGUUGGCAAUAGCUUACAGUACUAGGGCAAGGUUCUCUAGAAGAAUAGAUUUGCUCUAAAUUGUCAUCUAAUAUGAUACUGUUUUUCUCCUGAGUCUAGAAGUCAAGGGAGGGGAGGGGAAAUCAUCCUUGGAACUUACUAGCAAAAUUUUUGCUUCCUGUUCUGUUGAUCUUAUGGUUCAACAAACGGAUGUCCUUCCACUGGGAGGAACAACUAUUCCUUUCAACUGGGAGCUAAGACACCCACACACACCCCAACCCACCCCUGUUUCCUCUAGGCUCUUUGUACCCUUGAUUUAACUAAAAACAGUUAUUGACACUGGAGGGGGGCGGGGUGGGGGUAGGGUCGGGAGAUGAGACUACAAUUCAGCAACGGAGAUAUGCUAAUUUUUUUUUUUUUAACUACUUGAUACAAAUUAGAGUUAACUGGAAACAGAGAACAUCAAUUGAGGAGUUGCCUCCAUUAGAGUGGCUGUAGGCAAGUCUUUGGGGAUUUUCUUGAUUAAUGAUGGGUGUGACGGGGCUCACUGUGGGUGGUCCGCUAGUAGGUAGUGGUCCUGUGUUGUAUAAGAAAGCAGGCUGAGCAAGCCAUAAGAAGCAAGCUAGUAAUUAGUCUUCCUCCAUGGUCUCUGCUUCAAAUCCUACUUCUAAGUUCUUGCCUUGAGAUUCUACCCUGGCUUUCUCAGUGCUGGACUAUAAAGUAUAAUCCAGAACAAACCCUUUUCUCCUCAAGUUGGUUUUGGUCAGUGUUUUAGCAACAACAGCAGCAACUCAAACUAGGACAAGAGGAAAGGAAGACUAUUCUUGGAUUCCCUUAGUAUUGCCAAGUCUAGUGAUCAAAACCCAUAGGAAGCUACAACUCAGUCCAAACAGGGUAAUAAAUGGCUCAGAUACUUCAAGAAUGAAAUUGAGAGUUACUUCUCAAGGUAAAGAAUUAGCUAAUUUGGGUGUAUGGUGUUUUUAUUUAUUUACAAGGUUUUUUUAAUACUAAAAUAUUUAAAUUAAAAUGUUAAAAACCAAGAUGCUUAGUGUGCUUGCUGAAGAUGAGGAAAUACAAAAUGACACCAGAAAAGAUACUUAGAAAUAUGGUACACUUGUGGGGCCUCACAAAAGUGAGGAUUUCCGAUUGUUUUCUGUCUUAUUUUGUUAAGAAUAUAUAUGCUGGGCAUAUGCCUUUAAUCCCAGCACUCAGCAGGCAAAGGCAGAUGAGUCCACAACAGCCCGGGAUUCGUAGUGAGACCCUGACUGAAAAACAAACAAAAAAUAUAUAUGUUUAUUUUU